UUUGCUGAAAAAAAAAGACAAAAGAGCGUGAGUAUGUAUGUAUGAGUAAUGAAAACGUGACCGUAUCGUAUUAUCCAUCCAAAACGCUAUCCGUUUUGGGCGCAGCUUGCUUUCCAAAACAAAACCCCCCUCACUCACAUGAUUUUUUUCUGCUUCAUCUCUCUCUCUCUCUCUCUCUGUAACUUCUUUCUUGGCGCCAAAUUCUUCAGACUCUCUGUCUCUGUGUGAGAGAGAAGAGAGAGAGAGAGAGAGAAAGCAAUAAUAAGAAAUGAGCAAAAGCCUCCUACUCCGUUCAUCACUGAGUUCGCUGCGACUCCUCCGAAACUCGUCCUCCACCUCCUUCUCUUCUCUUCUCUCUCUUCUUCCGAAUCCUCCUCAUCAAGGGCUCAGAAUCGUUCUUCCCUAUAACUACAAACUAGUUGCUUCAACUUCAAGACCUUGUUCUCAUGUUGCUGCUGCUACUGCCUCUUGUUCUUCCUCUGAGUCCGAGUCUGAUAUCAACGAUGACCUCUCCAAAGUCGUAAACCUCCUCUCAAACCCAGACGACGUCGCACGCCUCAUGAAGAUGGAGCGCCGCUGUGAUCAUAAUGCCAAUGCCGAUGGAGGCCGCAGCCGCAGCCGCUGGUUCCCAUACCUUGACGAGUUCAGGUGUGGGGCCCAAUGCCUGAACAGCGCCGAGGUUCUGGAGGCUCUCAGUCCCCACAUUUUGGACAUGAGGAAGGACAAGUUUCGCAAUGUCAUCACCAACCGCACCUAUUCCCUCUGCUUGGUCGUUGAAGGUCUCUGUGAUUUCGGCAAUGUCUCCGCCACUUUUCGCUCUGCCGACGCCCUCGGUUUCCAGUCUGUCCAUGUCGUCUCUUGCGAUUCCAAAAGGUAUAAAGAUAACCGCCAUGUUAGCAUGGGUGCGGAGAAAUGGUUGGACAUUGAACUUUGGAGCUCCAUCCAUGAGUGCUUUAAAGUUCUUAAGUCACGUGGUUAUCGAAUUGCGACUACGCAUGUGGGAAUGGAUGCGGUAUCCAUUUACGACAUGGAUUGGUCACACCCAACUGCGAUAGUUGUUGGAAAUGAGAACAGGGGGAUAAGUGAUGAGGCUCUGGAGUUGUCAGAUUUGCAUUGCAGUAUUCCAAUGAAAGGUAUGGUGGACUCUUUCAAUGUUUCAGUUGCUGCUGGCAUCCUCAUGCACCACGCUGUUUGCGACAGAACAUCACGACUGGGCUGUCAUGGUGAUUUGACCUCAAAAGAAAGCCAAAUUUUGCUUGCAGAGUUCUCUUUGCGUCAUAGCAAGAGUGCGCUUAGCAUUGCUCACGAAUAUGCCAAGCGAAAGGCAGUUAUGUGCACACCUAAGCUGUGAUAAAAAAUUUCCAGUUCAACCAUUUAAGAAAUUAUGCAGAAAAAGACUUCAAAAUAGUUGCAAGGAAUUCAAAAUGGUACUCUUUUAGCCAUCCUGGAGGCAGAAGUUAUUUUCUUGACAAAUCUUUGUAUGAUGUGACAGCUCAGGUGAGAAAAGGUAAUAUGGGGGCUUACUUACUGGAAAGGCACAACCUUAGGGACAAGGAUUCUGAUGCAAAGGCCAAGGAUUGCCCAUUUUGGUUAUAAAAUUAUUAGGGAAAUAUAUGUUGCCAAGUGAGUUUUGCAUGUUCUCUUUCUUAUAUUAAACUUCCAUGUUCAGAGUUGUCGUAUGCAUUUACCUCAUCCUAUAGCUCAAAAAAGUGUCAUCAUUCUUCAACACAGUUCACCUUGAUCUGGUAGCCAUCUCUGUUCUGAUUGAUUUGUAUCCUAAAUGCAAUGAUUUGUAUUCUAAAUGCAACAACGUACUCCAAGCUAUGGAAUUGGUUGAUGGCAUGGAGAACAAGGCAUUUUCUCUAAAA